AUGCCAUUAGAAUCGUUAGAAAAUAAUAAUCGUUCUACUACCUCAUUAGAUUCUACUACUCCCUUAUUAGGAGACGAACGUUCUAUUGAUAACUCAUGUAGUACCAGUAGCCAAGGGUUUUCUGGUUCUAGUUUGGCUGCAUAUAUUAAUAUUACCUGUGUAGUAGCAGGAAGUGGUGUUUUAGGAUUGCCAUAUGCAAUAAAACAAGGAGGUUGGAUAGGGAUAGGUCUAAUCCCUUUGUCCAUGUUGAUAACUCUCUACACUAGUGUUAUCUUAAUUAAAUGUCUUUAUUAUGAUGGUAAAACUCGCUUAAAAACAUUUGAGGAUAUCGGAUAUCAUGCGUUCGGAAAUUUUGGAAAAUACUUUUUGGUUGGAAUAUUUAAUAAUAUAAUCCUUUUAGGUGUUUCGAUAUUAUUUUUAAUACUUGCUGGCCAAAGUUUUGAUGCUUUGGUUGAGCAAUAUUGGGACAUUCAAUUGGGAGUUCGUUUUUGCACUUUUAUUGUAGCACUUUCAAUUGUGGAUUUAUCCAAUAUUUCUAAAUCCGAUCCCCCUACUCAUGAUUUAAUAGUAUUUGCAGAAUUUCCUAUUGCAUUUGCUACUAUUUCAUUUUCAUUUGGUGCCAAUAGUGUCUUUCCUCAUAUCGAAGAAAGUAUGAAUGUACGAAAAGACUGGAAUAAAGUGGUUUCAGCAGCUUUGAGCACUUGUACAACUAUGUACAUGUUGGUUGCUUUCUUUGGAUACUAUGUUUAUGGUAAUGAUUGUUUAAGUCCUAUCUUUAACAAUUUACCCAAAGGUCCAUUUUUGACUAUGGCAUCCAUAUUUAUUACCAUGCACGUUCUCUUAACUGCACCAAUUCUCUUAACAUCUUUUUCAUGUGAAGCAGAAAAAGGGUUAAAAAUCACUCGUGAAUUUCAUUCACCCUUACACGAAUUCAUUUUACGUGCGGGAUUUCGUACUUUUAUUGUUGUGACAAUCACUUCUAUCGCUGUAAUUGUACCCUUUUUUGGAGAUUUUAUGUCUCUUUUGGGUGCAGUGGCAGUAUCUCUUUUGGUAUUCGUUCUUCCUGUAGUAUUUUAUAUACGAUUAUAUGGAUUAAGGACAAUGUCUACUAUGGAAUUGUUAUGGAGUUUCUUUGUGAUAAUUAUUGGGUUGGCUUGUUGUUUAAUUGGUACUGUUGAUGCAAUCGCUGCAUUACUUAAGGAUUUCCGCGAAUCGAGUAAUUAA